AACUAACUAUAAACCUUAAUUUGGAUCCACAAUUGCAUACAAACUACACUUUAAAAGUAAUUCUUAACAUGAAAACAAUAUCAAGUAACAUAUCAAACCAAAUGAAUAUAGCAGUAUAUCAUCGCAACAUGUAUCUUCAAGAAAAAACAAUAGACAAUGGUCUAUUCAAGAAUAUUCUAAUUCUUUUUGUUUUGUUUACGAAAGGCACCAAAACCCCAACUGAUAGAUCCAUUAUUUGCCCAAUUCUUUUGGUUUGACAAUGAAUGGCUAUAGAAUAAAAAAACAUUACCUCCUUUUCAUUUAGUAGCCCAGAUUCUGUGGGAAACUCCCGACUUUAUUUGCCUUCUAUGGUAAGGGAAAGGCCAACAAUAGUCCCUUCCUUUUCAUAGCAUCUCUAUUAUCAACAAUAAGCCUUACCCUGAAACAUCGAGAUUAACUAAACUAAAACUGAACUUUCUUCCCAGUACACUUACUUGAUGCGGUACGAACAAAGUUCUUCAGGUCCUCAUUCGAUUUUUUCUUUUUUUCUUUUUUUUUUUUUUUUUCUUGUGGAUUUUCAUUUUUUAUGUUUUUAAACAUGAAAAAGUAAAGGAGAGCUUGCUUACUGUAAUCGACAAAUGUAAUUGAGUUAGACAAGAGGGAAAGAGGGAGAGAGAGGGAGCGUUUAUUGAGAAUAACUUCAUAUUCCCAAGAGUUGAGAUUUGUUUAGCGAAAUGGGAGAGUUGACUGAAACUGUGCAUCAUAUAUAUAGUGUUGAAUAUAGUGAUCUACACUACUAAGAUGCAUUAGAUAGGCCUCAAAAAUGUGCUUCAAUGGUAUAUGAUUCUCUUUACAAACCUUUAUUGGAUCCCCAACAAAUUACUUCUCAUGUCAACUGAAAAAAGAUAUUCUCUGAUCGUAAAGGCUAAGCAAAGCAUCUACCUGCAAGGUGUUCCAAAACAAGCCAAUCAGAAUGAAUUUGUAGCUACUAUUUCACCUCCUUAUAAGUACAAACUCUCCUUACAAGUUGAAUAUAUGAAGCAAAAACGCAACAGUAGAAAAAUAAAGAAAAAACAACAAAAAACAAAAGCAAAACAAAAAACAUGAAGAUAGAGAGAGAGAUAACUCACCCGAUGCACCCACGACACAAACUGAGGCUCGAGUACACAGAGAUCCCCUACAACUGUGAUGGGUGCAAGGAAGCUGGUAUUGGCUACAAAUACAAGUGCCAACAAUGUGGAUUCAACUUGCACAAGGUUUGUGCCGUUGGUGCCCCCAGAAUCACCCAUCCUUUCUAUGAAAAAUGUGAAUUUAAAUUAUACUAUUAUCCCCCUGGAAAAGGAAAGCGAGUAUGUGAUGCAUGUAGAACUUAUGUUCAUGGAUUUGUGUACCACUGCAAUAGUUGUGACUUCGAUCUCCAUCCUUGUUGUGCAAACCUCCCACAAGUCCUUGAUGAUGGUAAACACAAUCUUUACCUGUGUAACAAGCUCUCAAGCUUGUGUCAUAGCUGUGGAGGGAAGGGACUCGGUUGGUCGUACAGGUCGCAGUGCAAAACCUAUAACCUUCAUCUGUCAUGUGUGAAAGAGAUGCUGGUGGAAAGCUGGCAAGCCAUAUAUUUCAAUGUGGAUAAGAAUAAGGUUAGGCAAAUGCAUACUUCUAUCCCAAGCCUCAAGGGAUCCCUGCAAAACCGUCCUGGGGCAAGAGGAACAGUCAAGAAGUAUGGUCAGAUGGCUGGUAGUGCAGCUCGUGCCAUUAUCUCUGCCAUUCUGGGGGACCCUACAGCUGUUGUAGCAGCUGUAAUAGGUGGCAUCAUAUCAAAGUAAGAUGAGGGAAGACACAAACAAUCAUGCUAAUGUUGAAUAUCAUGUAUUCUUGAUUUUAUUUGUAAAUUACUAAUAAUGUUUGUAGGUUAGGGGUCUUCAGGUUAAAAUAAUUGUUCUAUGAGUGAAUAUGUUUGUUCAUGCAUUAGUCUCAGAGUAAAUAAUGUCGUUUGUAGUGUGUGUAUGCAGAUAAAAAGUACUCUAAAAAAUGUCUUAACGUCAGUAUGAAAAAGGAAAGUGCAGUCUCAAGUAAACAAAAUUCUGUUCACAAUUCUAAGGUCCGUGCAGAAGAAUGGGAACUACUUUCAAGCAUAUUUUUCCAAUUCUAUUUCUGCCAAGGAGAAUAUAAUUGAGAAUGGUGGUCUUGAAUACUGAAAACUAAACUUCAUUUUGGUCAAAUAUAAAUAUUGUCUUGUCCGUAGGGAACAUUUAAACUCCAUGAA